CCGGCGCAGGCCCCGCAGCAGCCGCUGCCCGGAGGCGGUGGCAUCCUGCUCGGAUCCCAGCCGGGACUGGAGAGCAGAGACGACUGGCCGCCCUGAGUGCAAUUCAAUUCAACAGACAUUUACUGAGUGCCUACUAUGCGCCAGGCCUUAGGCUAGGCACUGGGGAGCACAGAGAGGAAAGUGGGGGUCCCAUUCUUAGAUAGUUUGGGUACCAAGAGAGAAGCCCCGUGGAGGGUUGAGCAGCAGAGCCUGGGGUUCGAGUGCAUCAUGGGAGGGCUACUGUUUGUCUAUGCCUCAGUUUCCCCACCUGUAACAUGGGAGGGCAAGGUGGGGUGAGGCUUUUCCAGAAUUCCAUGGGCCACUCAUUGGGAGUGGGGUAGAGCAGGGAGGCCAUCCUUCUCCUGCAGGCUCCUCAGAGAAGGGGCAAAGUUCUGGGCCCCAAGAUGUGUAUGUGGGUGGGGGGAACAGCCCCCCAGGCUCAGGAAUACCAUGGACAAAGACCUGGAGGACAUGGGGGGGGCUAGCAAAGAACACAGCAGGGUGUGAGCUCAGAGAAGGUGAGGUUUGAGGGUGUGAGCCCUGUGUGGGGGCAGUGGCAGUCUUGCCGGGCUGUUGAGGGAGUCAGGGACGCAUCUUGCUUGGCCUCACCCUUCUCCUUCUCCUGUCCUUGGAACUCCUCUAGAACCAGCAGCCACCUAGUUAGUGUGGGAUCUGUGUUGUGCUGGGCAUAUCCCUGUUAGUCUUUACUACUGCCCCCAGAGGUGGGUAUUCGUGGGCCUGGUUCCGAAGCUAGCACACUGGGCCCAGAGAGGGAAGCUUCUCGUCCAAGGUCUGAUCUGACCCCACCUGCCUAUGCUUCUACUAUUACCUCUUGUUGAAGGGGUCUGCGCUGUGUGACUUCUCCCAUCCUGUCUAUACCAACGUCCCGAGGUAUUCCCAAGAGCUAUAGCAGGAAGAUACCCAGAAGCCUCUAGUUAGACUUUGGGCUUGGCAGCCACCCUUAGACCAGCGUAGUAGAGGUGGCUCCUUCCCCGCUUCACAUGUGAGUAGCCUGAGGCUCGGAUCCAAGGUUAGAUGCAGGGAGGGACAGCCCGUGAUGAGAUCCUGACUCUUUAGUGGCAGCUGAGGCUUUGGGGAUGCUGACACUGUCCCACUCCUGACUGUGGAGGAGCUGCUCCCAAACAGCCUCAUCAGGGAGUGCGAAGGACUGAGAUCUCAGAUCUAGGUUCGAGUCCUGGUGUUGCCUUGCAUGACUGUGUGAUGGUAGGAGACUAUUAGCCACUCUGAGCCUCGGUUUCUUUGUUUCGGGAGGGCUUGCUUUCCUACCCACUUAGCAGCGGGAGAUAUUUAUUGAGCACCUACUGAGGCCUGGUGUUGGCUGGGUCGGUGGGGAGGCUCAGACUUGGGCCUUCCUUGGAGAACUGAGUCUAAGGGGGAAAAGCCAGUGGCAGUUAGGAUCCUGGUAGAACUGGAAAGAGACAAAGCCCAGGGGUUGGAGGGACCCACAAGGGGCACCCCAACCAGGCGAGGAGAGCAGGUUCCGGCUCCCAAGGGAUCACAGGGGCUGGGCUGUGAGUGUGCUGGAAUUUCCCCAGAUCAGUCAGAAGCCAGGGAAGCCUUUCUGUUAGGGGAAGGCAUGCUCAGAUUUAUGUUCUAGCAAGUUCUCCCUGUCGGGUGGAGGGUAGCUGUGAUAGCUGCUGAGCCUGGAGGCAGACCAGAGAGGAUGCUGAAGGAGCGGAACUCAGCAGGCCCAGUGGAGCUGGUGGGCACAGAUUUCCCUAGGCUGGGAAGCUGGAGAGAAGCCAGACAGGGUGUGUGGCUGGGGGGAAGAGGGCCCUUCUAGGUGGCAGGGAGGAGACAGGCAGCUGGAACAGGGCUGAGGGGGGUAGGUGAUGGUGGGCAGCACAAAGCCAUCUAUUAGGAACCACGGAGAGGACCAAGAUGUGCUCUGGGACUGAAAGUAGGCUUGGGAGCAGCAGAGAGUUGGCAUGGGACCCCAGGAAGGGUUCUGAGAAGUAGGGGCAAAGGGAAAGGCAGCCAUGCGGGGCCUCAGGCUGGGAUGGCUGUGUUUCCCUAGAGGGAGGCAUAAUGGAUGCCAAGUCAUGGGUGGCAGGAGAGCCCUGAGGGACCGAGAAGGCAGAACCCUUGCUCACAGUCCUAGGAAGGGGAGGCUGUGGUGAAGGGAAGGUGUUUGGGAGUGGAGUAAAAUAUUUGCAUGCGUAACAGGGCUGGGCGAGGAGAGGAAAUUACCAUACAUCAGGAUCUUGUUAUUCAACCUAAUUUUCAAAGGGGCACAGCUGUCGCGCUGAGAUAAUCCGUUAAUUAUAACAGCCAUUGUGCUCUGGCAAUGGGAGAGAAACCGAGGCUGGGUACAGGCUGAGGCUGGGGUGGGAAAUGGCCUUUGAGGGUCCAGGACCUCAGAGAGGGGGCAGGGAGAGAGGCAGAGAGGGGUGCUGGGCUCUCAGGACCAGAGGAAAGAGCAGGGCAGGGACCAGGCCGCAGCCUCUGCACAGCCACUGCCAGCAUGGAGGUGACAAGGUCAACUUGCCAGCUGGCACUGUGCUCCUGGAGCCAGUUGCUGGAACCUUCCAGAGCAGUUAACUUUAUUGAGCAGUUACUAUGUGCCAGACCCUGCUCCCUCUAGCUGUUACCUAUAGUCAGAACCCUUCCGGUCUCUCUCUCGCUCUCUCUCUUUUUUUUUCCAGCAGAGGAAACACACAGGAAGGUAGUUUGCCAGGACUAGUGGGUGAGAUAGAGUCAGAGCCCCAUGUGAUCUGAGUACAGCUCUCAACUUCCAGGAUAGCCAGGAGGACAGGACCCACUGAGUGGGGUAGACACAGGAGCCUCCAUGGUUUAAGGCAUGUCAUCACCGUGGUCACGGGUGGCCCUCCCCCAGUGGCGUUUCUGGGGCCCUGGAUGCGGACAGAGCCUCCUUGUUCUCUGGGCUGCAGCUGCAGGCCCCCUGCGGCCUCCAAGGCAGCCUCCAGUCUGGCCCCCAGCCCCCAGAACAACUGCCCUCAGGGCCAGGAGAGGGUGUUCCACAUGAUCUUGGGUGGCCCCCAUGCUGGUGUUUGCGACCACCUGCUUGGAGGUAGGAAGGAUCCAGACAGCUAGCUCAGCCCUGGGAGGAAUCCUCAGCCCAGCCUUGGUGGGGACCUUGGGUGCUGGAGCUGGGAGAGGCAGGUGAGAGGCAGUGAGUCAGGGCAUAGUAUCCCGAAGUCCGGCUGCUCAGGAUCCCACAUACGUUUGGUUCAAACUUGGUUCAGGAGUCAGCCUUGGGCUUGAUGUCCAUGCAACCUUGAGUAGGAACUCAACAGAGGCCAGGGGGCAGAAAAGAGGGCUUAUUCCAGAAAUUCAGCUGGAACUCCCAGUGUGACCCAGAGAUCUAGGUAGUGGUGUUGGAGGGCAGGCAAGAAGUUGUGGGUGUUUGGAGGGGCAGCAGGUAUGGGAAACUCUAUGAUGAUUCCCCUGCUGAAAGCCAAGGGGAGGCCUGGGAAGGCUGGGGCAGUUGAAAGUCCUGGAGAAUGUAUGACUCCUAGCCCAGACCUAAAAGCUGCAGACUGGUAGGACCAAAGAGCCACAGCCACUCAUCAUUGGAGAUUCCCAACCUGACAGAUCCAUGCUGCUAACGUCCUAGAGUUCUGAGACCCAGAAUCACUGAGGGGUAGGGACGGAGGCAAGGGUUGAGUAUGUGGGCCAGGAGCAGCCUGCCCGUGGGCCCCCAUGCAAGCUGGCGUAACUGCCCCCAUUCUUGAGAGUCCCUGUCUUGUUUGCCUCAUAAACUUCAGUGCCCAGGUAGGGGUCAGGGUGACAGUCAGGGAGGACAGUACCACGGCUACCCCAUUGUCUGUGGGUGCUACUGGGUUCAAGAAACAGGAAUGCUUUAAAGAUAAAAGCCUCCCAAGCUUUCCACAUUGCCAGCCAGCUAAAAACAAAAUUUAAUUACUGUCCAGAUGAAGCAGGGCCCCUUGGCGUUGCAUGAGUCAGAGCCUGGGGCCGAGGAGGAGAAAGCCACCGCACAACAGCUGGAGGCGUAGUCCCUUCCUCUGUAUUGGUGACUGGAACAGCGCAGGCUCAAAGGCUGCUUCCCCGGAAGCUCCCAGGCCCAACGGAUGCCUUUUCUGCCCAUGUAUUCCCCUGACAGGCCAGGCUGCUCCAGUGGGCUGUAUGCUCCGACCUGGAGCCUCCGCUUCUCCCCAGAGGUCCCCUGCUACAGUGCCCUGCCUUGGGACAACCCUAAGGAUAUUGGAAGGCAGGAAAAUGCCCACCCUUGGGACCCUGGAGGAGGAGCAGGCUGUGCAGGCAGAACCAAGAGGGUGGGCCUAGCCGGUGCCUGGUACAUAGUAGGUGUUCCAUAAAUGUUUAUUGAAUGAAUGAAUGGAGGCCAUGCAGGCAGAGGCAGCGUGCGCGCGCAGGCACUGUGCAAGAGCGGGUCCAGUGGAGACCGGAAUUAGGUGACAGAUGGGCUUCUUCCUCCCUGUCUCCACCUCGCUCACCGGCCCCCAGUGUCGCACUCCUGGCUCCUGUGGGAACUGCCUGAAGUUCUGAUCCCCUGAACCCCACGGGAAGGAGGAGGAAGAACAAGAAGAAGUCAAAGCCUGGGCACCUGCACUUCCAACAGUGACCUAGAGCCACAGUAUCGCCUGGUGCCUGCUUGUAGCCCUUCACAACAGCAGGUGCCAGCUGUGCCCAUCCUGCCCAGGGCUCCUGUGCAGGAGGUCACCCCCAAGAUGGUGGCGGCUCCAGGGAGGACUGUGCUACCGGUCCCGUCCUCUAGCUGCUAGGUCCCUCUGUUCUCUGGCCCUUCACCCCAGCUGGGUCUAUAAGGGGCUGAAGCGUGGGCCAUGCUGCGCCUGGGGCUGUGCGCGGCUGCACUGCUGUGCGUGUGCCAGCCGGGUGCUGUGCAUGCUGACUGCUGGCUCAUUGAGGGGGACAAGGGCUACGUGUGGCUGGCCAUCUGCAGCCAGAACCAGCCGCCAUAUGAGACCAUCCCCCAGCACAUCAACAGCACUGUGCAUGACCUGCGGCUCAACGAGAACAAGCUCAAGGCUGUGCUCUAUUCCUCUCUCAAUCGCUUCGGGAACCUCACGGACCUCAACCUCACCAAGAAUGAGAUCUCCUACAUUGAGGACGGUGCCUUCUUGGGCCAGACGAGCCUUCAGGUCCUUCAGCUGGGCUAUAACCGGCUCAGCAACCUGACUGAGGGCAUGCUGCGUGGCAUGAGCCGCCUGCAGUUCCUCUUUGUCCAGCACAACCUCAUCGAGGUGGUGACGCCCACCGCCUUCUCGGAGUGCCCCAGCCUCAUUAGCAUUGAUCUGUCCUCCAACCGCCUCAGCCGUCUUGAUGGCGCCACCUUUGCCAGCCUUGCCAGCCUGAUGGUGUGUGAGCUGGCCGGCAACCCCUUCAACUGUGAGUGUGACCUCUUCGGCUUCCUUGCCUGGCUUGUGGUCUUCAACAAUGUCACCAAGAACUAUGACCGCCUGCAGUGUGAGUCACCGAGGGAGUUUGCGGGUUACCCAUUGCUUGUGCCCCGACCUUACCAUAGCCUCAAUGCCAUAACUGUCCUGCAGGCCAAGUGCCGCAAUGGCUCGAUGCUUGCCCGGCCUGUGAGUCACCCCACACCCUACUCCACGGAUGCCCAGAGGGAGCCCGAUGAGAAUUCAGGCUUCAAUCCUGAUGAGAUUCUCUCGGUGGAGCCGCCGGCCUCGUCUACCACAGAUGCGUCUGCCGGACCUGCCAUCAAACUGCACCAAGUCACCUUCACCUCGGCCACCCUGGUGGUCAUCAUCCCGCAUCCUUACAGCAAGAUGUACGUGCUGGUCCAGUACAACAACAGCUACUUCUCUGAUGUCAUGACGCUCAAGAACAAGAAAGAGAUCGUGACGCUGGACAAGCUGCGGGCGCACACUGAGUACACCUUCUGUGUCACCUCGCUGCGUAACAGCCGCCGCUUCAACCACACCUGUCUGACCUUCACCACGCGGGACCCCGUGCCUGGGGACCUGGCCCCCAGCACCUCCACCACCACGCAUUACAUCAUGACUAUCCUGGGCUGCCUGUUCGGCAUGGUCAUCGUGCUGGGGGCCGUCUACUACUGCCUGCGCAAGCGACGCAUGCAGGAGGAGAAGCAGAAGUCUGUCAAUGUCAAGAAGACUAUCUUGGAGAUGCGCUAUGGGGCCGAUGUGGAUGCUGGCUCCAUUGUGCAUGCUGCCCAGAAGCUGGGCGAGCCACCCGUGCUGCCUGUGGCCCGCAUGUCCUCUAUUCCCUCCAUAAUCGGGGAGAAGCUGCCCACUUCCAAAGGGCUGGAGGCCGGGCUAGAAACGCCCAAGGUAGCUACCAAAGGCAACUAUAUUGAGGUGCGCACGGGUGCUGCAGGGGAAAGCCUGGUCAGGCCUGAGGAAGAGCUCCCAGACAUUGAAAAUGGCCAGGGCUCAGCGACUGAGAUCUCCACCAUUGCCAAGGAAGUGGACAAGGUCAACCAGAUCAUUAACAAUUGUAUCGAUGCCCUCAAGCUCGACUCAGCCUCUUUCCUAGGGGGUGGCAGUGGUGGUGGGGACUCUGAUCUGGCCUUCGAGUGCCAGUCCCUCCCUGCAGCUACUGCUGCCCCCUCCGCUGCCACCCCUGGGGCUCUAGAGCGGCCCAGCUUCCUGUCACCCCCUUACAAGGAGAGUUCCCACCACCCACUGCAGCGCCAGCUGAGUGCUGACGCCGCAGUGUCCCGCAAGACCUGCAGUGUGUCAUCCAGCGGCUCCAUCAAGAGUGCCAAGGUCUUCAGCCUGGACGUGCCAGACCAUCCAAGUACCCCCGGGCUGACUAAGGCCGACUCCAAGUACAUAGAGAAAGGCAGCCCACUCAACAGCCCGCUGGACCGGCUUCCACUGGUGCCCACGAGCAGCAGUGGUAGCAGUGGUGGGGGUGGUGGCAUUCACCACCUGGAGGUAAAGCCGGCCUACCACUGCAGCGAGCACCGGCACAGCUUUCCUGCGCUCUACUACGAGGAGGGCAAUGACAGCCUGAGCCAGCGCGUGUCCUUCCUCAAGCCACUGACCCGUUCCAAGCGUGACUCCACCUAUUCUCAGCUCUCCCCCAGACAUUACUACUCAGGGUAUUCCUCCAGCCCUGAGUACUCGUCUGAGAGCACACAUAAGAUCUGGGAGCGCUUCCGGCCCUACAAGAAGCACCACCGUGAGGAGGUGUACAUGGCUGCUGGCCAUGCCCUGCGCAAGAAGGUCCAGUUCGCCAAGGAUGAGGACCUGCAUGACAUCCUUGAUUACUGGAAGGGGGUCUCAGCCCAGCAGAAGCUGUGACCCUCUCCUCCCCCACCGGUGAGGUGAGGGGGAGGGCAGGGGCACUUGGGAGAUGGGCCCCGCCAGGGUGGCCGGGAGGCGGGGGACAGGCCAAAGGGUCCGGACCAAGGGGUCCGGGCCUAGGAGUGGACGUACACGCACACCCGCACGCACGCACACACACACAUACACUUGACCACCACCUGACUGUGAAGCAACACCCAACAAUAACGGGCAGGAAAACAAACAUUUUCCUUAAAGUUUACAACCUGCUACCGAAACCAGUUGUCUCUACUGUGCUGCCCAAGGGACUCACGGGGCUGGGGAAAGAGACCAGAGAGGGUGUGGGGUCUGGGACUCAGGUGGGUUUGAUGGAAAAAGAGAUUGGGGUAGAAGCAAACCAUAGCUAGCCCUCUUGUUCAGGGAGGGUAUCCUCCAAGCUGGGGGACAUUUCCCUUGGAGAUCUGGCAGCAUGUGGAUGUUGGGCAUCCUCUCCUCCCACUUUAUGGAUGGCCCAGAGAGGAAAAGCCCUAGGGGUCUCACCCACCAGGUUACAGCUCUCUCCCAGCUUCCUGGCCCAGUGCUGGCCCCGCCUCCAGCUGCUCCUCUGGGCCCCACCCCCUCCACCAACUACCCCUUCCAAAUCUGUGGUCUCAGGGGUCUAGGGACUGAGGUAGGCAGGUGCUUUUCUUCUCUAGAAGAAGUGAAAAGUGAAAAGUGAAAGCCCUUCACAAAGUGAAAGGCUGUGGUCCCUAGCCCUAGAUGGUCAGGGGUGAGGAAUGUCCUGCUGACCAGAGAGAAGCCGAGGCAAAGGGUGCCACCAACUCCCUUCACGUGUCUUCCAAGUAGCCCCAGGGAGCUGCCUGGGGUUGGGGUGGUGGGCCGACCUGCUCCCCACUGGUAUCUCAGGUGCAGGCUCCCAUGCCACAGCCCCUAGUUUCUCUGGGUCUCCCGGACCCCUACCCACUACAGAGAGGCAACAGUGAAUGGCAAGGCCUGGGGCCAGUGUGGAGGCAAUCUGGAAUGUGGGGAUUCCUCCCUGCACCCUGUACCCACACUUGCUUGGCCCCUGCUGUGUGCAGCAUCUUGGCCUGCCUAGGAAGGCAUCUGCCUCCACCCCACCCUGUCUCACCCCCUGGCUAGAGGGGCUCCCAUGUUUCCAUGGCAAUGACCACAGUCCUUCUUCUGACCCACUCCCAACACCAAUCAAAGCACAAACAGUGAGGUGCCCCCUAUUGCCCUGGUCAGGGAGCAGGCCAGGUUCUUGGCCCCUCCCCUUCCCUAGCUAGUCUGUUGCCACGGCAACCCAGUGCCUGGCAGUUGGUGCCCAGAGGGACUAACUGACCAACCGUUGGGCUCUGAAGUUCUCUCCGUGUGGGUGGCAGCAGAGGGUGGUAAAGGAGGCCUGGCCAGGUGGCAGCUCUCUCAAGAGUCAGCAGCUUCUAGAGAUAAACCAUGGAGGUUUUUCUGGAGACCUGAGGCUGGCCUAUGGCAUUGUCUUUGCCUUUGAGUAGGCAGUGGGCCUAUGGAGCAUGGGGAUAGUCGCACUAGGCAGUUCUGCCCCCUGCCCAUGUGCCUUUUGGCUUGUCAUUGAGAUAGGGAGGAACCUCAUUGGCUCUACUCCAACCCUUCCAGAGACCCUCACUCCUGUCAUGGGUUUCUUGAGAUGGGAGAGUGUGACUGUGGAGUGUGUGUGGGGGAAUAGGGGUGGCAUCUCACUUGACCAGGGAGGGCUCUGACCAGGAAAGCUAGGGCUAUCCUUGGGGGUGGGGUACAGGAAAGGACUGGGGUGGGAGACUUGACUGAACGCCUCUAUCACAUCGACUUUGGGGUGGGCCGAGCCCAGGGCUCACUCAGGGGUGACAUUUGCAAAAAAAAAAAAAAAAGAAAAGAAAAAAAAAAAGACUGUUCUCCUGGGGAGAGGAGGAGAUUGGCCAGCCUGGAUGUGAAGAGCAGCGCUCCCCCAGCCACAAACCUGUCCUCACCCCACCCUACACCCACCACCCAAGAAGAGCAGGCAGGCCGAGAGGCCAGGGGUGUGAGCUAGCAGACCCCUGUUAUCUUUGCAUGACGAUUUUACUGUAUUUUUCUGAGCAAACAUCUGUCGUGUAUGUGCCAGUUUGUCCAGACUCCCCUCCCCACCCCUACCGCCCUCCAUGUGAUCCGAGCAGCUCUUGAAAUCCAGGGAGGGCCAGCUCUGCAGAAGACCCAAAACAGGUGCCACCAACUUAGCCCUGCCUUCCCCCCUCCCAUAUCCUUCUCCCAUCUUUCUGGGCAUUGGGCCCACAAGUGCUGCCUGCCUUCCUCCGUCACCACCCCUUCCCGUCUCAGUCCAAUUCCGUCCCUGCUGGUCCUUUUCCUCCCUCUCCACCAGGGAAGGCAGUCUCGGAAGAGUGUCCCCAAGGCCAUGUGAAAGGGGCUACGAGAGGACCCUUGUCCACCUGUUCCCAUUUGGAGAUGAAGCUGGGGCCCUCUAUAAAGAGGCACCUUAUCUGGCUGCACAGGAUGGGGAGAACUGUCAACUAUACUGAAUAUAGGAGGUCAAGAGUUUGGGGCUUCCUGGAGAUGCCUGGGGCCCUGCAAGAGGGGAGUGGGCCUUUUCAUGCAAAGGGAGGGUCCCCACCAUGGAUUGGGCUCUGUUUCCACUAUUCGGCCAUCAUUCCUGAUUGAAGACAACUUAGAAAACCUCAGAUGCCACUCAGGAAGGACUUUAAAGAGAAGGUCUAUUUCAACAGUGGGGUCCAGGUCACAGGCACUUCCACUGGUCUGGCCCUCCAGCUGCCCUGGCCAGUCCUCUCCAGGGUAGGCCCUUGAAGUUUCCCUCUGGCAUGUCCCUGGGCAGAAAUGAGAUAGUCACAAAAGACAAAUGCAUACUUCCUCCCUGGGUCCAAGUGAAGCCCGUGACUUUGUAGUUCUAGGGGCACAGGGAGCGGGAACACAGGGGGUUCAUGGAGUCAUCUGGGAGACCUGAGGGUUGGAAGUUACAACUGGGCUUUCCUGUCCUGGCAGAGAAGAACCUGUGAAGUUGCCUUUGUUAGAACAUGUGGCUUUCAGAAAUAAAAAGCGUAGUAUUCGCUGGAUUCAGGGGAGCCUGUAUCAGCUUGACACUUCCUUGGCCCUAUGACUCUAUUUCCUCUUGAGCACAGAGCAGGAAGCUUUGGGGCAGCCUAUGCAGGGUGGGAGGAAAACCCUGAUUACCUUAGGAGGACUUGGGCUGCGCAGAGGAGGCAGCUAGUAAUGGUGGUGGUCUGGGCUGGCCCGUGGGCCUCCAAGUUCAUGAUCAGAAGUCACCUGUGCUGAAAAUCCAGAAAUUUUAAGGAGUUAAAGUGGGCAAAAAAGCACAGGCAAAGGGAACCCCCUAGACAGGCCCAGAGGAGAAUGAACAGACAGGGAUGGAAGCAACGGCCCUCCCAACCUCCCACUUCAUGAGAGGCUGAAACUGCGGGGGUGGGGGGAGAUACAGGCUCCCCAGCAGUGCUAGGCCCCUGCAGAGAAUGAAUGGAGGGAUGGGGGAAGGCGGGGCAGGCGGUCUCCUAUCCCUCCAAGGAGAUGACAGAAACAGACAAGAAGAUCCAUUGCUUUGAAAAUGAACUAGGAGGGAGAGGUGUUGGACCUGCUGGCUGUCCCCAAGCCUCUUCUGGCUACUCUAUAUCACUCUGCCCAAGCAGGUCCUGACAUGGUUGGGGGCCUCUUCAGGGUGUGGGUGGGUGGGAAAAAGUAUGGGAAGUUAUAGGGUGUCUAGCUACCUGUAGGGUGACCUUACCCCCUUGAUGCUUGUCCCUCUUGACAAGGCUUGCUCUCUGGGAUCCCCUCAGCCCCAGGAGAGGGUGUCUUCUCCCAGUGUCCUUGUUCAUGUCACACACUGACACCUUCCAUGAAUUUUACAUCCACCUCUAAGAACCAAUAUCUCCCGCUAGUUCCCCAGUGCCCUCCCCCAGAUGCCAGCUGCCCCCCGAUGAGCGGCAGGGAGAACAGAGGUUCCCACAGGAGUGUCCUCCUCCUCUUCUUCCCUCUUCAGCCAGGCAAGCACAGGGUUGCAGUAGAGGUCCAGGCGUUGAUGGCCACCUCUCCUCCCUGCUUCCCACCCCCGCCCUCCUCAGGAGCUGCCAGCCCCCGGAGGCAUGGCGGCCUGGCACCUGGUUUGAGCUCUGCGGAGCUGGGCUCUGGGCCCUGGACUCUGAACCUGUGACCCUUCGCUGUGUACGGAACUUGCCUCCUCCUGGGGGCGUCGGAACCUCUCCUUGUCUUCUUUUAGGGGGUAACUUCAUUUAUUUUUCCUCCUUCCAUUUGCUCCCCCCCCAAUUUUCCUCUUUUAAACCGAAUGGCACGAAAUCAUUUUCCUCACCUUGGAGAUUCCUGUAUGGAGAGAAUCAAUUUCUAUAUUUGCAAUAAAUUUCUUAUUUAAAACAACGGGGCCAAGGUUUGCACUGACUGCAUCCCCAGCGUCUCAUGUCCUCUCUUCUUGGCUAACAGAACUGAGUGGGUAGUGCCAUCAUCGAGUGCCUAGCAGGGAACGUGGGAUGGCCGUGCAUUCCCAACACCCCAUUCUGUCACAAGAACCUGGAAGUCACUCAGUACUCAUGACCUGGUGCCUUGUCUGUGGUUCUGGCCUCCCUCGUGCACAUCCCUGGGGAGGCACAUGGGCAGCAGAAGGAAAACCAUCCUAGACAGUGAUCAUGGUGUCCAGUUUGUUCCAGGCCACGUUCCUCGCUCUUGCCAAGGUGGGAUUCCUAGGCUGCCUCUAUACCUGGCCUGGGCACCCAUCCCUGGACCCUGGCCACUCGCUGAUCACUCCUCUUCCAUGUUCUUUACCGUCAGCCACUUUUUCCUAAUAGCUGCAAACCAUCCCUGCCUUGAAGAAUCAAGACUUCCUACGGGUUCCUGUCUGUAGUCGGACAGAAUGUGGGUUACCAUGCUAGGUGGAGCCUCAGGCUUACCCUUUGGGGCCAGAGUACCCGCCAACACUCAGACCCUGCCUCCCAGAGGUUCUUUCCUUCCCUCAAACUCCUUCUAUUCCUCCAACUGCUUCAGACUCCUCCUGUCUGAAGUGUGCCCCACCUCCAUUUGGGCUGGAUUACUGAAGACCUUUUUAAAGUGGGCUCCCAGGACUAAGCUAGUCCCUGUGAGGGCUGUCGCAUGGGAGUGCUGUUAGUGGCCAUUGAAAGACAGUCCAGAGUUGCUGCCUAAAGCCAGAGACGUCUCUCAGAGACAGCCCUCAGGGCAGCCCAGACUCAUUGUCUGCAGAAGAGAACUUCAGUAUGUGUCCACACAAAGCAGAGCCGGAGUCUUCUAAGGUUGUGGGGCCUGUGGAUGUGGCUCAGUUGGUAGAGUGCUUGCCUAGCACACAGGAAGCCCCGGGUUCCAUCCCUAGCAGCAGGCGUGACAGCACAGGCCUGUAAUCCCAGCACUUUGUAGGUGGAGGCCUUGGCUAUAUGGGAAGUUCAAGGCCAGCCUGGGAUAGACAAGAUCUUGUCUAAAAAAAAAAAAAAAGAAGAAGAGGAGGAAGAGAAAGGUUUUAGUAUACAUUUAAGCAUGGACAUUGAGGAAGAAAGAGAGUCCAGAAAAGAAUAGUACAUACAUUCUAGGCUUCCAACGAGAGUCUCACUUAAAAUCUUAAUAGUAAUCAUGAAUACAGUUUGGGUGCGUUCUGGAGUUACAUUGUUCAAGGGGUUUCUAAGGACCUUUGUUCUCUUAGUAAAUGAGGUCCUCUGGUGGUUUCUGAGGGAUAGUGUAUAGGAUAGCAGGUUGAUAUAGUGAAGCCAUAGGUCACAAAGGUCAAGGGAACCCUUCCUAUGUUAGUUCACAAGAGAAGCCGAGACUCUUGCUUCCUGAUGUUGCUGUGUGAGUCUCAAGCCAUUCUCAUGGGAGAGGAGGGAGGGAGGCUUUAGGCCUUAAGCGUGGUUUGUUGCUGUUCUGUGUCAUUUUGUGUACGGUUAUUUGCCUGCAUAUAUGUCUGUGCACCACGUGUGUGCCUGUUCUGGUGGUUUUAUUUGGGGUUUAUGUGACUGGAGCAUUGUCUCUUUAUGGACGAUCUUCACAGUAAAUUUUAUCGCAUCAAAUCCCUCUCUCGGCUGGUGAGAGGCUCUACCUUUUGUCUUUUUGGGGUCACCUGUAUCCAGUUCACCUUUCUCUCUGGUCCAUCCUUGAGCAGAACCCCAAAGGCUCUCUCCUUCAGGAAAGGGUCUAGCAUUUUACUCCACAAGGACUUUGUGGGUGACCUGCCAGUUCACAUUUUCUUCAAAUUUUUCCCCAUUGUGGGGUCUGGCUCUCUCUUGGACCUCGUCUAUACUGGUUGUUAAUAAUUACGAACUUUGCCCCUUCCUUGCCUUCAGCUCCCAGCCUGCUCUUCUGCUCUUACAGGUAGCACCUGGUGCUUCACCAGCCCUUUGACCACAGGAAGGUGAGCCUGGGUCAGAAUGAGGAAGGGUCUGGACUCCCUCCCAUUCCUGCCUUUGUCUUUGUUGGUGGGUUGCCCUCUACCCCUCCAACUCCUGGCUCAUUCCCACUCAAGUGUCCUUGGGUUUUGCAUUUCAGAAGAGACCCCCCUUUCUUUUUAAACAGGCCUUGCUAACCCCUACACAAUGCCUAAGGGAUUCAGGCUUGUUCCUAUGGUCUCCAGGCGAGGCCUGGGCCUCCUUCCUGAGGUCCAAGCGACAACCUGGGUAGGACACCAGGGCUGGUCUCCUCAGCAGCUGACCCGUCCACACUGUACUCAGCUCUAGCCACGUCCCCUGUCUUGGGCUCCUAGAAAACAGACUCUGGUGGCCUGUCUUUGGUCCUUGGGGACCCUGCCAGGCUCACGUGAGGAUGAGUUUUAACAGAGCAACGCAGAGUGACUCAGGAUACUGUAGCUUGUCAGCGUCCUCUGUGUCCUGACCUUCAGUGUACUCUUUGACCUGCUCCAGCAAGCUCCUCUCACGCACAGGCCCUUCUGUUGGGAAGGCACCCCCUCCUCCUUUUACCUGCAUUUGUACAUAGGGUUUAUAGCCUGCCCUCCGACUUACCUGGACACACACAACCGUGGGAAUCCCCCCCCAACCCCCUGUUCUUUUGCAGACAGCAAACUUUCCUAGUUGAUUUGGCAUGAGUAAACUCAGAAGAGACCAGGAGGCAGACGGUUUGCCUGGGAGGCAGACACUCGGACAGAGGUCACACUUGCACAUGGCUGGGCUGCAGUAGAUACUACUGUCCCUUUGGUCCACCCUGAGGUCCCUGGCUGCUGUCUCCAGGAUCAUUGCUGCCACUACUCUUGUCUCAUACAAUACAUUCUGACCACAACCUCCCUUCCCUCCCUUCCUUCUAGUCACCCCUCACUUUCCUCUCCCCCAAAUCCACUGUUCCUCCGUUUCUCUUCAGAAAGAAGCAGACCACCCAGGGAUUAUCAACUGAACACGGCUUAACAAGAUGCAGUAAGCCUAGGUACAAACUCAUGUCAAGAUUGAACAAGGUGACCUAGUAGGAGGGAAAGGAGCAGGCAAGAGAGUCAGAGAUAUCCCCACUCCCACUGUUGGAAUUCAACAAAAACCACAAGCUGGAAACCCACAGCAUGAAUGUAGAGGGCCAUGCAGGCUUCGUGAUUGCCUCUUCAGCCUCUGAGAGCCCCUAUGAGCCCUGCUUGGUUAAUUCUGUAGACCACAUUUUCCUGUUUGACCUGCAAGAUGCGCUGGAACGAUGGUGGCUCAGAGCUAGUGGGUGCGGCCAAUCAAUGACUGGUCUAACUUGAGGCUCAAACUCAGCCCAUGCCUGACACUGCCUGGAUGGCCAGGAUCUGGAAGCCGGGUGGCUUAGAGACCUAGGGUAGAGCCUAAUAGUGCAGGUCUUACAAAGGCCACCUGAUCUACAGACAAGACACCCCAACCCUGGCCCUAGGAGGAGUGUGACAGGUCUGGCCAAGUUUUGUGAACCUCUGUGGUCCCAGGGACCCUUGCAGGAUAGGGGCAAGGCCUGCUGUUCAGCUCUGCUGUGCCUUGAGAGGGGGAGGGGAGACAACAUGAGGCCAGAGGUUGCUUCCUUGAGCUAGCCCAGCUCAUCUGACCCUAAGGCUUUUCUUGUUCUUCUAUACAAUUUCUUUCUGACAUCCCUUCAGUGGGGAUGGCCUUACAGAGCACACCAAUCUGGAGGCCAGCAACAAGUGGAGGAGUGUUAGCCUGUGACAGCCCUGGGCCUUGGAUUCUGGACCUUGAUUUAAGCUGAUUAAAAUUUGUCUAAGAUUAAGUUCAAAGAACACAUUCUUCAUCCAAAGAUAAGAACGAGAAAAAAACUCUAGGGUUUGGGAGAGCCACCUUGGGUUCUAGAAAGCACCACAAGAGGUAGGUGGCUUCUUCGCUGUUUUCAAUGCGUCCAGACAUGGCGCCAUGAUCCUGAGAUGGAAAAAGGAGGCGAUACUGGGUCUCCUGGGUCAAGCAUGGCCCUCACCCAGGCUGUGUACACAAGAAGGGAUUGCAUGGGCCCAAUCCCACCCCAGCUCCUCACCACAGCACCAACACGCGUGUUCUCAGAGCUUCCACACUUGGCCCAUUCUUAAAAGAGCCAGGACCCCAGGAUGAUCUCUCAGUUGGCCUCAGGCCCACAUCCAGGGUCUGUCCUCCCGAGGAUGGCCUGUGUCCACCUGUGUGGGUGUCCUCUGCAUGUGCAAUGGUCCAGAUGUACAGAGAGCUGCAGACAGAACUUAAUAGAUCUGGGUAUGUGUGUGCAAACACUUGUCCCCUGAGUUUUGGGAUGUGUUGGGAGAGCAGGAAAGGGGUAUGCUUCAGGCUAAGGGGUGGGGCUUACCUCUCCCUGGCCACUGCAUCAGGGAGUCUGCCAAUUUGAGCUAGAAACCUGUCAGGCCGUGCUGAGGUGUAUUUAUCAAGAAAGG